UCCACUCAACAAUUAGAGAUAGUUGUGUGGGAGCACUAUUAGUAAGAGAUUAAGACAAUUGAUGCAUACCUUGGCUUGAAUAAUUAAUGCUAUAAUAAUAACAAUAUUCACUUUGUAUAUAAGGGUAAUAUUAAUACUGUAAUCAUUUCCUGUGGUUGGUAUUCGAGUCUAAUGAUUAUCACAAGAAUAUUGAGUUUCUGCAUUAAGAAGAAAACAUAAAGAAAAGGACAUAAAUUGAAAUCCCAAUCACUUGGUAGCCAUUGAUAUUGAAUCUACAAAAGAUAUUUCUUCUAUGUUUUGAGUCAAGAGACAGUUCUUAUGAAUUUGCCCCAAGUUCGAAACCAAUUUCUCCUCUCAAACUUCAUUAGUUAGGCAAAGGACCACGUAGUUUUCCUUUAGCCACCAAGUAUUGCAAUAAACUAGUGGUUCUGCUUUGCAGGCAAAGCAUAGCCACGCUGUCUAUAAAAAUGCAAACUUGAGAGAAGUUUGUGAGUGGGAAUUGAAACUACUGCAUUUUAGGAAAGUAAACAUGGGACUUAGAACCCUUCCCUUGUCACCUUCUCAAAACUGUUGCUUUACACAGGCAGGAGUUGCACAGAAUUACCCGUCUUACCACUACAGGCUUCAUAAGAGCUCUAACUUUAGAGUGUUGGCUAAAUCAAUGAAUGGUAAAGAGGAGCCAAAGAAUUGGUUUGGCUAAAUCAAUGAAUGGUAAACAGCAAGCAAUCUUUGUUUGGCAGUUUAACCGAUGCUUUAGAUUUCUCCCAAGUUCGGUCUGCUAAAGAUGCUGAACUUCUUGAGGAGGCCAGAGAAAACACCAGGUCUGGUGGUAGACUGACUAGGGAACAGUACGGUGCUCUUAGAAGGAAAAUUGGAGGGACUUACAAGGAUUUCUUCAAAUCUUACAUUGAAGUGGAUGGACAAUAUGUUGAAGAUGGCUGGGUUGACACAACUUGCAAGGUCUGCAAGAAAGAUAUUGGAGGUGAGCCAAGGCAAGUCGACAAGUUUGGAAGAUAUGUUCAUGUAGCAUGUCUAGAAAAAGCCAAUUCAGGGAACUUUUUUACCAGACUUUUCUCCAGAUGAAGGGAAUGCUGCUCCUUAAUGAAAUUUUCCUUUGUAUAGCUAUUAUACUUGAUAGAGAUUUGGUACAAGAGAAUUGCAAGCUCUUAUACCAUUUGUUGGCCAUUUUAGUUUUAGCUCCCCUACAAUUAUAAGCCCUUUAUUUUUCUUGUUUCUAAUCAAUGGGAGUCUUCAAAAACCAAACACGCUCCAACAUGUUUCCUCUCUUGAACCUCCCUUAAGAGUUGAGAACAAGAAAUUGAUGAAUUUACUUUCCCCAGAAAGCCUCCAGGGACAAGAGACACUACCAGUUGUCUUGCCUUUGCAGUGUGUCUUGCCUCAAUUUUCCAGGUGCUAUUGUGCUAAGGUUCUAAUCUCCAUCAGCAAUGCAUCUUUUUUUGGCAUUAACAUCAAAAUUUUUUCA